UAUUCUCCUGGUUAACCAGCUGUCACCAACACAUACCACGUGACCCGUGAUUGUUUGUCUCCUAGUUGAGUGAAUGGUUAUACUAGGAUCUAUUGCCUGAUCAGUGGGUGUGUGUGUGUGUGGCGCUGAUAUAAACCUCGUAAGACCUCCAUAAGCUCAGCGUAAUCGGUUUUGAAUAUGACUAAUGCUUGCAUGAUGCAUUACGUGAAGGAACACGCACUGGGGAGGCAUAUUUCCUUCAUUUGGAGUAAAUUGUGUUUCAUGGGCUGUGCAUGUGUAACAUCGAGUAUAUGAAUGAAGAAGACUUGGAAUCAAAUAUGACUGUACACAACACAACGGGAACAUCACGGAAUAUGAGUGUCUCGGUGACAGGGAGUCAAUCACAGACAACGACAGGGUACACAUGCCCUGAGCCAACCACAGCAGUGUAUGAUUAUCAGGGCGCCAUGAAGUUCACUGUCGCCGUGGUGUUGGUGUAUGGCAUCGGGGUUAUUGGCGUCCUCGGUAUCUACGUGAGACGCCGGCGUAAUUAUUCGAUUGAAAGAGAUACUGAUAUGUUUGUGAAAGGAUUACAAGAACAUCGGGAUCUGCUGGAAAAGAAGCGGCAACUCUCGGCGGUUCACAACCUUAUCAACUCCAUCCACGGCACAGCUUGGAAAUAUACUCCAUCUUCUACGGCGGCGUCAACGCCGGUGAGAACCCCAGACAUUAACCCGUUAACGUUGUCCCUGAAACGCUGCGGUGAUGACGCUCGUUCUUUGGGGUCGCCGAUCGUUCCGGAAGGUACGCCCUUGCUCUUCACUCACAGGAGACCUGAGUUUGUGAGGUGUAUCUCCGCCUUCACCAUAGAGAGGCAGGAGUCUAUACCGGAAACUGAAGAAGAGGAUGAAGAGUCAGUGACCUUCACCCCUGGACAGACACCCAGAAGUUUAAGGUCAUUUGGGUCAAUAUUAAAUGAUGGAGUUGACGAGGAGAAUUUAUCAGCGGCUUCAAAGCCAGCUGCCCAUGAUUCCUCUAUUGACAUGAAAUUCAAUUCUGUGAGAUAUUACAAGGGUAAUUCUAGUAGUGAAGUGUCGCCCUUGUCAGAGAGUACAAACAUAGACCAACAUGAAUGUUUUACGCCCGAUAGUGACGCACCUGCGUCUGAGGAAGGGGUUGUAUCGAAAACGAUACCCAGGAUCAAUACACACGGGAGUAUUCCAGCGAUACCUUUACAGGAAGUGUGAGAGUUUAUGCUGUACAUAUAAUCCAUCCAGUGACUUUUGUGCAGGUUUUAUAUUUUGUCUUGAGUGGUAUUGUGUAAUCCGCUUUGGCAGCAUCAAGUCGUAUUUGUUAAAGGAAUGUUAUUUCAUAUCAAGAAAAUACAGUCUUUAAAGAAUUGUACUUUGUUGUAAUUCUGUUGAUUAUCACCUCUAAACGUUACUACCGCAGGUGAUGUUGGAGAAAGUACAUUGUGUUUGUCUACAAACAUCUCUUUCUACGACUAAUACAACUACUACUACUUCUACUACUACUACUAUUACUGUUGUUGCUGCUACUGAUACAACUGCUACUAUUAGUAUUUCUCCUACUACAACUGCUUCCACGCCGACUGCUACCACCAAUACCA